CACAAACUCCUGAAUGCGCGACACCACAAUUAUACGUAUUCAGGUAUCAGCCAACUCUCUGGUAUCAGCAGGAGCAGCCAGAACAUCUUAGCCAUGGCAGACUCCAAAGAGCCGUGGAAAGGCGAGGAGGAAGAAGAGGAAGAGGAAUUGGACGAGACAAAUUAUAUUGCACAGAAAGAUGCAGUUCUAUUCGCCAUCGACGUCAGCGAAUCUAUGCUUGCCCCUCCUCCACCAUCGGAUGACAAGAAGGCGGAGAAAGAUUCUCCUACAACGGCUGCUAUCAAAUGCGCAUACCAAAUCAUGCAACAACGAAUCAUAUCAAAUCCGAAAGACAUGAUAGGUGUGCUUCUUUUCGGCACAGAGCAAUCGAAAUUUCAAGAUGAGGAUGAAAACAGUCGAGGAGGUCUUCAAUACCCGCAUUGCUACCUCCUCAGCGACCUUAAUAUUCCGGCGGCGGAGGAUGUCAAAACCCUCAGGGGUGUUGUCCAACAAGAUGAAGAAUUUAAAGACCUGCUCGUCCCUACGAAGGAGCCAGUGUCCAUGUCAAAUAUGUUAUUCUGUGCCAACCAAAUAUUUACGACAAGAACACCGAACUUCGGAUCGCGAAGAUUGUUCAUCAUCACCGACAAGGACGAUCCACAUGCAUCGGACAAGAACGCGAGAUCUCAGGCUCAGGUGAGAGCAAAGGAUCUCUACGAUCUGGGCGUGGUCAUUGAACUUUUCCCUAUCUCCCAUCCUGACCAUGAAUUCGGUCGGUCGAAAUUCUACGAUGAUAUAAUUUACCGAGACCCUGCAGCGGGUGAAGAUCUGGAUGUGGGCCCUUCAAAUUUCAAGUCCUCUGGGAGUGACGGAAUAUCUCUUCUGAGCAACCUCAUCUCCGACAUCAACUCAAAACAAGUCGCAAAGCGAGCCUUGUUUAGCAAUCUUCCAUUCGAAAUCGGCAAAGACUUCACAAUCUCCGUCAAAGGUUACAACCUUCUCCAAAAGCAAGAAAGGGCUCGAAAGGGCUACGUUUACCUGGAUGGCGAAACGAAACAGUAUGUUGAGGGAGAGACUGCCAAGUUUACAGAGGACUCGGUUAGGCAAGUCGAGAAGAUAGAAAUCAAGAAAGCUUAUAAAUUCGGCGGCUCUCAGGUUCUGUUCACGGAGGAGGAAAUGAAACAGUUGAAGACUUUCGGCUCUCCGGUCCUUCGGAUUAUCGGUUUCAAACCUCAGUCAAUGCUUCCAUUCUGGGCUGCAAUAAAGAAAUCAACCUUCAUCUACCCAAGCGAAGAACAUUAUAUCGGAUCAACUCGCGUCUUCUCAGCACUCUGGCAGAAGUUGACCAAGGACAAGAAGAUGGGGGUGGCUUGGUAUAUUGCCCGGUCCAAUGCAGCUCCUGUUUUGGUGGCCAUUCUGCCAUCCGAGGAAAGAGCGAGCGACACUACAAAAGUCCCAAUCAUUCCUGCUGGUCUCUGGCUUUAUCAACUUCCAUUCUUGGAUGAUAAGCGUGACCUAACUCCGCAACAGAAGCCUUUGGUGGCUCCAGAUGUUCUUAUCGAUGAGAUGCGAAAGGUAGUGCAACAACUCCAACUUCCAAAAGCCAUCUACGAUCCCAGCAAAUACCCUAACCCGUCUCUUCAAUGGCAUUAUAAGAUUCUUCAAGCAUUGGCACUUGACGAAGAGCUUCCUGAUCAACCAGAAGAUAAGACUGUCCCCAAAUUCCGCCAGAUCGACAAACGGGCUGGCGAGUACAUCAACAAGUGGGGAGAAAUUCUUGACAAAGAAUUUCGUGAGUAUCAGAAGGAGCAUUAUGGCGGGAUUGAUGGCACGAAACUGAAGCGUGCCCGGGUCGAUAGCGAGGAGCCUCCGAAGAAGAAAGUCAAGCCCGCGCACUCGGGCCAGACCUUAGAUGGCAUGAGUGUCUCAGAACUUAAGAAUGUUGUGGGAACCAAGGGUCUGAGCAAAUUUACGAUGCAGGAACUCAAGGACCUCUUGUCUGCAAAGGGGCUGGAUGCCAAAGGCAAGAAAGCAGACUUAGUCGAAAGAGUGGAGCAAUGGAUCGAGGACAACUGAAGCUCUGAAUGAAAUGACUUGCAUGGCGCAUGGAGUCGACUGUAUGGAUAUCAAACGAAAUGAAAAAUGAGAGCGGGAGGCAAAUCUCGUAUUGCUAUGGGUACAGUACACGAGGUAUGGGUCUGCUUACCAGAUCAUCGGAAAAGGACAACCAAUUUAAAGGGGAUACGAUUGGCUGUUCAUGAGUUUUCAGAUACGAGGGCUAAAUACCAUCUGAAAAUAAAUCUGAAGACUCGUCGUUUCAGGGUUCAUCAGAUGGUGGACAAGCUUUCGGUCCACUUGGCUUGCAUGAGGCCCUCUGAGCCUCAAAACGCUACGUGAAG